AUGUCUGUUCUUUCACGUUCAAACUCUUCCUCUUCGACCGAAAGAUCGUCACCAACCUCGACUGCACCAAGCAGCCUCAGCAGUGAGUGCCACGAUGCUAUCUUGUCUCGGGCACGAAGUAUACUGUCAGGCCCGGCCUCGCCGAUCUCUCAACUCCACGAGCUCUACCAGUUUCGCAUCAUACAUACACUGUCUUUCAAGGACGAUGGACCAGUGACUGGUGGAUUUGCCUGCACGCUUCAUGUGGGCUACGAGAGCGAGGCCGUCGAGGUCUCUUUCACCGGGAGCGCCACGUCGAAAAAGGUCGCAAAGCGUAAUGUUGCAGAAGCAGCACUGAAAGCCGUAUCUGACUACAUUCUUACAUCUCCAAGCCUCACUUUGCAUGCACCUCUGCAGCCAGAGAACAGCACCGCUCCUCCAUCUGCUAGUCAAAUCGCGCUUAUGGAAGAUGAUCGUGCGCAUCUCGCGCUUUUACGUGAGCUGGCCAAUACCAUGCAAGAGCCAGGACACAAGCUUGGUCUACCCAGCAUUGACUUGGAGCAAUGGGAGCGAGACCAUAAAGUCCCUCUCGAAGUCGGCCUAGCCUUCACUAGCUGUACCGACAUUAUAUCCUCGCCGGCGAUUGAGGGCCACCACAUCAUCGUCAGAGAGACCGAGCACAUCACGAACUCGAAGUUCGUCGAAGACAACAAGACGAGAUUCCUCUUCGGCAAGUCGGAUGUUCUUGCUCAAGCGGAUCUGGCGCUGUAUGUUUCCUCCUUGAUCGGUCACUACUCAUCAACGUGUGAUGAGAUUAUCCUGGUUGGUCACACUAUCGCCAGUGACCUCAAGUGGUUGGGUCAAAUGGGCAUCGCUGGUCUAGAAGAUAUAGUGGUAAUGGAUAUCGGCAGAGCAUACCGUGCCAUCACAUCUCCAGGCCACUAUGCUAACAUGAAGGGCAUGGAGAAGAUCAUGGGAGAGCUGGGCCUACCCGUCAUAUGUCCUCAUAAUGGAGGUAACGAUUCUGUCUACAACUUGCAGGUCCUAUUCGCGCUAGUGCAACAAAUUACUGAGUCUGGCUUGAAGAUUCUAUGA